AUGGACGGCGGUAGCAUCCCCCAGGGCCUGACGGCGGAGGAGUACUCGCGGCUGGAGCACGUGAUCCGCACGCACCACACCUUCGAGGCGGCGCCCAACACAUGCACUUCCCUGAUCGCGCAGCGGAUAGACGCGCCGGCGGAGGCGGUGUGGCCACUGGUGCGGCGGUUCGACAACCCCCAGCGGUACAAGCACUUCAUCAAGAGCUGCCGCCUGGCCGCGGGUGACGGCGGCGUCGGCAGCGUCCGCGAGGUGACGGUGGUGUCCGGCCUCCCGGCGUCGACGUCGACUGAGCGGCUGGAGAUCCUGGACGACUCCAACCACAUACUGAGCUUCCGCGUGGUCGGCGGCGAGCACCGGCUGAACAACUACCGGUCGGUGACCUCCGUGAACGAAUUCGAAGGGGGAUCGUACACGAUAGUGCUGGAAUCGUACAUAGUGGACAUACCUCAGGGGAACACCGGCGAGGACACCAAGAUGUUCACCGACACCGUCGUCCGAUUGAAUCUCCAGAAAUUGGGUGUCGUCGCAAUUGCAGAUAUGAAUGCCAACCGCUGA